AUGACUGCUUCAGACGUUAAAACCAUCGUCGUCCUCGGCGCUGGCCCUGCUGCCAUGCCCGUUAUCCGCCAGACCAUGGUCAACAACAUCCUCAAGCGGGACAACCUCAAGAUGGUUCUCGUCAGCCCUACCUCCGACUUCUACUGGCCCAUCGCUAUACCUCGUGUUAUCGUCCCUGACCAAAUCCCCGAUGAGAAGGUCUCGAUUCCUCUGGCUCCCACUUUCGCCAACUACCCUCCCAGCAAGUUCGAGUUCAUCCUGGGCAAGGCUGCGUCUCUCGACCCGGCUUCCAACACAGUUAGUGUUAAGCUCAAUACUGGUGGUACUCAUGAGAUCAACUACCACACUCUCAUCAUCGCUACUGGUGCUCGUGCUAAGGAUGAUAUGCCUUGGAAAGCUCUUGCUACUACCGAGCAGACCAAGGACAAGCUUCACCGUCUACAGGAGCAGGUCAAGAACGCUAAUACUAUUGUCGUUGCUGGUGGUGGACUCACUGGUGCUGAGACGGCAGGGGAGCUUGGAUUCGAGUAUUCUCAACACGGCAAGAAGGAGGUUAUCCUCAUCCACACUGACAACCUCCCCUUCUCCGACCCUGUUAUUACUAGCGUUCGCCAGGCCACUAAGAAUGAGCUCGAGAAGCUUAACGUGAAGCUUAUCCCAAACACGAUCGUUACCAACGCUACCGUUAAUGGAACCGGGACGGUCCUCGAGCUGCGAGCUGCCGAUGGUACUACUAGGACUAUCACCGCACAGGCCUAUCUCCCCACGACUGGUAUCAUCCCCAACACUGAGUUUGCUCCCAAGAACCUGCUCAACGCCCAGGGCUACAUCAAGCAGACGGCCCGCCUACAGGCCGAAGGCCACAAGAACAUCUUCGUCAUUGGCGACGUCGGAGCGCUGGAGCCGAGCACGGCCGCGGUCGCAGACGCCCAGGCGAUUUGGCUGAUCAAGAACUUGCCUCUGUACAUCAACGGUAGUGCGCUACCCGAGUACCAGGCUUCCACUAAGCCCAUGUUCGGUAUCACGCUGGGUCGAAGCCGCGCCACGGGACAGAUGGGUACCAUAAAGCUUUUUAGCUUCCUGAUCUGGUUCAUGAAGGGACGAUAUUUGGGUACGGAUUACGCGCACCUUUGGGCUGCAGGCAAGCGCACCAUCAGCACGACUUUUGAGAAGUGA